CCUUUUUAUUUUUUUAUCUAUGCCCGUCAUUUCAAACUUGAAAGAAACUUUGGCUCUAGUUGGAACUGAUCCUUCUACCCGUGAAAAUGUCAUUACUCAAACCGCUGUUGCUACAACAGAAGAUUGGUACUACUAUACUGGUCUUGUUCUUUUGCAGAAAUUAUCAGCGGCGCUUGACAAAACUACUACUACUACUGCUUCGCGCACACCAACUGAUUUGGAAGCCUCAUUACUCAAGGACAUGUAUAAACAUCUCAAUGCGUACAAAAACCAAGUUAUCAACUCGAAACGAUUGGAGGAAAUUCAAACAAGAUUUUACUUAUUAACAUGGUUCAUUAAUACUACCAACUCGAAACACUUUGUGGACACUAGACUGAACCUCAAAUUGCCUAAAGACUCCAAUUUAGUAAAACAACCUAUCGAUAACAACAAAACAACACAUGAUCUUUCCGACACUACAACAAAAAAAUCAUACCCUUCUUCUUUGGACAAAACCUUAUUGGAUACUGAUAAUCUGAUUCAACAACUUAUCGAUAAUAAUGAAUUGAAUCAAAUUUAUGAUCAUUCUUGGCCUUUCAUUCAGAAAUUUUGGUCUCAUCUCAAUAAUGAACAACAAUCAUUGGUACUUAAAACUAUUUUAUCAAAACCUGUGCCAGUGGAUGUCCCUAUUGCUUCUUACUUGACUUCUCUAUGGCGUUCCUAUGAAAAUUCUACACGAUCCGUACUCACUGAAAAUGUCAACAAGUUCUCUUUGAAAAAGUUGACCUUGGAUCAAUUGAAUGAAUUACAAUGCUUAUUCCCUGCUAUCCUUCAAGUUGAUACCUUUGUUACUCUAUAUAUGGAAAAACUGGUACCUCAAAUUUAUGUACAAGAAAAUGAAUGGGCUUCUGGUCUUCGGCCAUUACAAGGAUGGGAUGAGUUGGAAACAAAGAAUGAUUUCGAUUCUUAUUUGUCUGCUCUGGAUCAGUUUGCUGAUAAAUUGAUUGAUGGUCCUUUUCGACUAGUGAAAGCACGUAUCACUUUUCAAAGAUUACGAUCUACUCUUCUUCGUGGUGACUAUGAUCAAUCUUUACUUUUGGCUUACUUAUCUCAAUCUCGUGUCAAAAUGAACAGUGAUGCCAAUUCUCCUGUAUCCAGUCGUACUAGUGUUUUCCAAAGAUAUACUCAGACACAAGGGAUUGAGAUCCCAAUUCUUGGCAAUUGCAGUAUACCUGAACAUGAAGAAAAUCAAAUAAUUGUGGAAUAUCUGACAGCCUUGAUCAGUACUCAAAAACUCACUUCCAUAGAUAUAUUUGGCCCUUAUUUGGAUCUCGAAACUUUCCUGGAACCAUUGCAAGCCAAAGCGAUGCUUACUAGUGGAUUGGUAGGCAAGGAUGAUAUCACUUCCUGGUCCAAAGUAUUAGGUUCUACUGCUUUUGAAAAUCUGGUCGAGAAAAGUACUUUGACUUUUGGAUCUGCUUCUAUUCAUCAGGGUACUAACAGACUCACCAAAGAUGAUGCCAUAUCAUUAUAUGUUACCAUCAAGAAUAUACCACGUUUGACUAUUCGUGUGUUCCCUAUUGAUCUCUUCAACUAUUGGAAAUUGCACCCAAAGGAUAUCACUAUCAAGAAUACGAACAAGCUAGAUGUGGAUGGUCUUUGCCCAAUUUAUGAACAUCGAAUUGAUUAUACAGAUGUACCUUCUCUCCGCGUAAUAAAUGAAAAGUUCAUCUUUGGUGCUUCUCAAAAUGGAAAGGAUAUUGUACUUGCUCCAGAAGUUUUUCAAGGUCGUGGUGCUUGGAUGAUUGAUUUGAUUGGUGGUCAAGAUCAAAGUCGUGCUAUUGUUCAAAAGGGAUAUUUACGUCAUAUGGUUCAAAAUACAGCUGCUGGUCAUCUCUUCCUGAUACUAGAUGAAAAUUACCAACCUUUGAUUGAUUCCUGUUCUAUCUGGUUUGAAAAUGAUUCCUAUGAGGCUGAUAAAUAUGGCAAUAUCCUAAUCCCAUAUCGGUCAACUGAAGGCAAGCAAGUUAGAGCUCUUUUGACUACAAAGGAUGGAUACUGUCAACCCUUCGAAUUCUAUCAUGAAGAAGAAGAGUAUUCUCUAAAGGCUUCAUUUUAUUUGAACUACGAAAGCUUGAUACCCACCAAACAAUCAAAGGUCAUCGUGACUCCAUAUCUCAGAAUACAGAAUCAACUUCUUCCGGAGAAACUUUUGGAAAAGUUAUCUUUGCAGGUGGAAACUACAAAUUCGAAAGGUGUCAAGAGUUCUAUCUCCAAGAAUGAUCUGAAAGCAAGCAAAAACAAACCUAUUGAAUGUGAUUUUACUGUUCCCAGCUCACUGACAUCAAUCAAAUUUAUUUUAUCGGCCCAGGUCAAAACUAUGUCGCAUGAUCAACCAUGGAAACAACUUCAAGUCACUAAAGUAAUCACAUGUGAUAGAUCAGAUCAAGAUGACAUUAAUACUGCUUAUCUUCGUGCCACCUCUUCUGGAUAUUUUAUUCAUGUUAUUGGAAAGAAUGGUGAACCUCACAAGGGUCAAUCAUUCGAUAUAUUAUUUAAACCUGUUUUUACAUACAAUUCAACUACUAUCACUAUGCAAACAGAUGAAAAUGGAAUUAUCACCCUGGGACCUUUGGAUAAUAUGGAAACUGUGACAUUGAAUCGAGGUUGGAAAACUUGGCAUUUGCUUGCCGACAAUUGGGAAUCGGUUGGAAAAAUUGAUGAAGCUGUCUUACCUCGUAACAUUCAAUUUUAUGCCAAUACUGAAUUCAAUCUUCCUUUUCCUGUGACUGAAGAUACUACUUGUACAUUAUUCCAAACUGGAUUUCGUGGUUUACCUAUCAUUGAUGUCUCAAAACAACUGCGUUAUUCUGAAUCUACUGUCACUGUGGUGGAUGGCCUACCUGAAGGAUCGUACUGCCUUUAUAUAUCUAGACCUCAUCUGCGACAUGUUAAUUCAAUCGAAGUCAAGAUUGUGGACGACAAAAAAGGUGCCAUGUCAUCAUCUUUACUAAUGGACAACAAUUAUUGGAAAAAUUGGAUGAUAGGAGAUCGAAGCUAUGGGGAAACAACUGAUGGUCUGAUCAAACGACCUUUAUGCGUUGACAAAGUUCAAUCAUCUACAGAACAAUUGACCUUCAGAUUGAAAGACUGGACACCAUCCUCUUCAGCUUAUGCUAUUGUGACUUCUAAUGCAUUUUUACCUUCUUGGAGUGAUUCUCUCUUUACUACUCAACAGAAAAAUAUACAAAACAAGCAACUACUUUAUCAAUCACUGGGUCGAAAGGGAUUGGAUCACAUUUAUCUUACUGGCCGAAAAAUCAGCGAGGAAUACCAAUACAUUCUCAAUCGAUCCAAGAUGGACAAGUAUAUUGGUAGUGCCCUUCCUGAGCCGUCCUUAUUGGUGAAUCCAAAGAAACAUGGUUCCACUACGGUGAGUACGCGUACCACUGAUCAAGGCAACAAACAAUAUCAAAAGAUGUCGGAGCAGCAAGGGAGAAUUCGUUCACAACUCUGUUCAGCACCGUGUAGCGGCAGGUUCCGUGAUGCAUAUGAACGCACCAAUCUCAAUUUUGGUUUUUUGAAUCAAAGCUCUCCAGUUCUUGUGCUUCAAGUGAAUGAUCAAGGCGAAGUGACGAUCGAUCGUGACCAACUUGGUGAAGGCAACGUCAUUCAGGCAGUGAUAGUAUCUGGUGAUCAAGCUGUUAGUCGAACUCUUGUUUUAUCUGAUAAAGAUGUGGACUUGAAAACUAACGAUCAACGACAAACUGACCAAGGAUUGGAUGUAAAUGCGGCUUAUCUUCGAAACAAAAUGAUUACUGUGAUUUCCUCUGUUCAUCCUCAGAACACUAUGAUCAUAGAUCAAGCUCAACAAGAAUCUGAAAUUGUGGAUAGUCAAGAUAUGCUAUUGGAUGUUUUCAAACUACUGGUCCCUACCGAAGAAACUUCACUGGCAAAAUUCGACAUCUUACGAAAAUGGCUUACGUUGGAUAAAGAAGAAAAACUGAAGGCACAUGAAUCGCUAAAUUCUCACGAAUUAAACUUAUGGAUCAAACACAAAGAUAAUGAUUAUUUUGAAGAGAACAUCAAACCCUUUAUCCAGAACAAGAUUCAUAAAACCUUUAUGGAUGAUUAUUUGAUUGAUGCGGAUUUGACCAAAUACAUCGAUAGUCUCUCUUUAUUCCAAAACUUGAAUGUGGUAGAAAAAGCAUUAUUAGCAAAACGCCUCCCUCAAGCUCUUCCUGUGGUAUUGCAAUUCUUCAAAAACAAUUACGAGCCGUCCUUGUCCGAUCAACCUUUCGAUACUGUAUUAGCUGGAAAUGCGCUUGCCGUUCCUCUUCCUGUUCAAACUGAAGCGGUAUCCUAUUCUGCGCAUUCGAUUGAAACAGCCACCUAUCUAUCUCGACCCAUUGCUCCAUCCGGUGCAUCAAGAACUGCAGCUGCCCCUAUGUCUAGCUUUGGCCAGGCACCACUAUCAAACAGAGCAAAUACUCGUCUUUUUUCGACAAAAUGUAUGGAUGAAUUCGCUAGUUCUUCUUCUCAAGAUGAUGUCGAUGUUUCAUUGGAAAUUGAUGAUGAUAUACCAACAAACGAGAAUAGUGAAGGACACGAGGAUGAAGAUGAUGAUGAUAUUGAUAUGAUAGCCCUCCGUGAAAAAGCUGCUAGACAACGUCAAACUCGAAAGACUUAUGAAUAUAUGGAAUCGACAUCAGAAUGGAAGGAACAAGAAUACUAUGGACAGGAUGCUCAUCUCAUCAAAGCGAAUCAAUUUUGGAUUGACUAUUUGGAAAAUAAUCUUGAUCUUUUUGUAUCCGGCAACGUUAUUUAUGCAACAUCUAAUAUCACUGAAAUGAUUUUUGCCUUGGCCAUCAGUGAUCUUCCUAUGAAAUCCAAUAUCAACUAUCAAGUAGCAUCUGAUAUGGCAACUGGAAAAACUACCAUUACGGCAACAACUCCAUUGAUGGUAUUUUAUCGUACAUUGAAAGAAUGUACUCAAGCCGCAAUUGCCAGUCCAUCCCUUUUGCUUGGUCAACACUUUUUUGAAAAAACAAGUGACAACAAUGGUGAAGCUGAUGAUCAACAUAUCGUGGAACCCUCUCAACUUCUAGCACGUACGGUUUAUGGAUGGCACUUGGCUAUUAGUAAUAUAUCCACCAAAACGGUUAUUUGUGAAGUGACAUUACAAAUUCCUACAGGUGCUAUUCCUCUUGGUGAAACACCUUAUUGUCAAUCCAAGAACAUAUUAAUCAAACCCUAUACAACUUGGCAUGAGGUGGUGGGCUUAUUUUACUUCCCUACGCAAGGAAACUAUCAUCAUUUUGCAGUGACAAUUGGCGAGCGACAAAAGAAUCAAUUGGAACAGCAAGACAAUAACAUGACAACAAUGGCAUUAGUGAAUCAAACACAACCUUUAUCCUUGACAGUGACAGAAAUGGAAGGCGAACUUCAACGAAACACGGAAACAGCAUUAUCUGCCUAUGCAUCAUGGUCGGUAGUGAAUAGUACGGGUACUGGUGACGACGUGUUAGCUUUUGUGGCUAAUCAUGUAGAUAAACUUGAUUCUUUGGACUGGUCUCUUGUCAUAUGGCGUAUGACACAUUAUUCAUUUGCUCGCUGCCUUCUAUCGCUCUUGAAGGGUCACAAAUAUUAUGUGAAAUCUAUCUAUGCGUACGGUAUCUAUCAUGGCUUUCCCGACAUCAUCUCCGAUCUCUUGGUACAAGAACGAUCCUUUUUACUGGAAUACACUGGUAUUGUAUUUGAUUCCCCUUUGGUUCAAUGGAAAUCUUUCGACUAUGAUCAUUUCAAGAUACUUGACUAUUAUCCCAUAGCAAAUGCAAGAGUGCAUUCACUUGGUGGUUCAAAAGAAAUAGCCAACAAGGAAUUCUACAAUCAGUAUGAUCAAUUUUUGGAUUAUUUGAAUCAAAGUACACAUAGAACAGCGAAUGAUUACGUGAUACUUUCCAUCUAUUUGGUCUUACAAGAACGUAUUGGCGAAGCGCAACAAAUCUAUCAACAAUAUCUAGAAUUAUCCAAACACAGAGUGGACAAUGAUAUUGCUGCCAUUCAAGCAGAUUACCUUGGUGCUUAUCUUGCUACUCGAGUGAAAAUAGGAGACAAUGUGGAUAUUCUAGCAAUCAAGGAGACAGUGGCCAAAUAUAAAUCAUGUGGCUCUUUACGUUGGCGACGACUCUUUACCUCUCUGGACAAAUUGAUUACUCAAGUGGAGAACAACAAUGAUUUACAAGAAAACGAUAUGAUCGAUACGCAAAGUAAAGCAACUAUAGGAACCGAUCCAGUAUUUGAUUUCACCAUUAAGGAUAAUCAAGUGAUUGUACGACAUGCCAAUGUGACCCAGAUUCAAGUAAGAUUCUACAACAUCAAUGUCGAAUCCAUGUUCUCCAACCAACCCUUCUUGAACAACGCCAACAAAAUGUUGAAUUAUGGAUGGGUGAAGGCUAAUCACGUGGAAAUAAUCGAUUUACAAGAAGAAUCUGACAAUAACAACGUGGUGAUGAUGGAUGAUACGGAUGAAUUGGAAUGGGUAGGCGUAUCAAAGGUGAAACCACGUCGUCAUGCUGUGGGUAUUCCAUUGGUGGGUGAUGUGCUCGUACAAGUACACGCUCAUGGCAAAACUCAAUGUCAAACUCACUUCCAACAUACUUUGACAGUUCAUGUCUCCGAACCUUACGGUGUGGCACGUGUCUUGGCAUCUGCAGAAGAACGACCUUUGCCUGGUGUUUAUGUCAAGGUGUAUGCGAAAUUGAAGGAUGGCAAAACAGAAUUUUGGAAGGAUGGAUAUACAAAUCUGACUGGUGUGUUUGAUUAUAUCAGUGUUACUCAAGGUAAUGCUCUCAUUGGUGAUUCCGAAACUGGCAAGCUUCAAGAUGUGGUUAAAACUAUUCAAAAGUUUGCUCUUCUUUUCUCAAGUCCUCAACAUGGUGUAGUUGUCAAGGAAGCGACAACUCCUUUUUAGUUUGUUUGUUUUUUUUUUUUCUAAUUCUUCGUUUUUUAUUUUAUUUUUAUCUUUUUUUCGUUAGUUUAUUUAUUACUAAGUUUCUCUUUUGAAUAAACCUUUUUUUUUUCCAAGGAUUGGUUUU